AAUACCGUUAGCUGGUGACUUUUUUCAUCUAUACCUCAAACUCAACGCUAAGGUGUCAUGAUGAAUUUCUCCGCGUUUGGUGGUCCUUUUUCCGGCAUACAUCAGUUUGCGGCUAAAUUUGGCCACGACACACAAGGUCCGCCGGGCGCCUUCGCCACGCCCACCGGCAUCAAUGGCAAUGCGACGGCUGCAACGGUCGGCGAUAAUCAUGUGCAACGCUAUCAGACGAAUGGCAAUCAUUUCAAUCAAAAUAUACCAAAUGUUUCGGCUGCCAAUAAUACAAUGCAAUACGGACAAAAUAUAUCCAUACCAUAUUCACAGCCGCAAACCGAUUUGAAUUUUCUCAACUCAGUGGAUCAUAAAGGAAAGAUACAUCCGAAAAUAGAGCGCGACCGUGAAGAAGUUUUGAAUCAACAGAUAUUACAGAAUGUCAAUCAAUCAUGGCAAACAUUGGCCAAUACUGCCAACACCGUCGAUUACUCAUCGCAUUUGCUAUCUGCAACACUGCCAAUCUCAAUACAACACUUCCUCAAAUAUUCCGAAACAAUAAAGAAGGAAUCCUCAGGUAUUGUCGGCUCACAAAUCAACUCAGGGAAUUUGAAUUUGAGCAAUUUGGAUACGUCACCAUCGGGUUUUAAGGGUGACGUCCUCAAGAAUGGCACCAAUUUGAGUCUUGCACUUGGCGGCGUCGCACUCGCCCCACCGUCCAAUCAACAAGCAAAUGGCGCCACACAUCAUAAUGGUGGUAUUGUUGGCAUGGAACAUGGCGGUCAUAUGACCAAUAUGACAGAUGCUACCAACAACGGCGCAUCACUACAUCCGGGUGUGAAUGGCAAUCCACCAAACACAAAUGUUAAUGUACAAGCCAAUAACGGUCAACCCGCCACCGCCAAUGGUACAGUCACAAAUGGUAAUGUUGUAACAAGCACUGCACCGGCUGGCACCACGACUACCUCAACCGGUGGUACCACUACGACCACUGGCAAAAAGACCAGAAAGAAGAAGCCACCAAAGGAGAAGAAACCACGCCCAAAACCGGGUGAGAUUCGUGAGAUCAAGGCGUUGGACGGUUCCACGCUAUAUUGUUGCCCCGAAUGUCAGAUGGCCUAUCCGGAUCGCAGUCUAAUCGAACAACAUGUAAUCUCACAUGCGGUGGAACGACGAUUCGUUUGCGACAUCUGUAAUGCGGCUUUGAAGCGUAAGGAUCAUUUGACCCGUCAUAAACUGUCCCAUAUACCGGAUCGACCACAUGUGUGCAAUAUUUGCAUGAAAUCAUUCAAGCGCAAAGAGCAAUUAACUUUGCACAUUGUCAUACAUUCCGGAGAGAAGAAGCAUGUGUGCGUCGAGUGUGGCAAAGGUUUCUACCGCAAGGAUCAUCUGCGCAAGCAUACACGCUCGCACAUUGCACGUCGCGUCAAGUCUGAAGUCUCGGCGCAGAAUGUCAACGCCGGCAGUGGUAGCGGCAACAAUGUGCAAAAUAAUACGAUACAAGGUUCCUGAGGUUCGUACAAGGACUUUUGGUAAAUAUGCAAAGAAACUUCACACUGUAAACUGCGCCAUUUUGAAGUUAACAACAUGCAUACGCGCGCUUGUCAAAGGCGUGUGGGAUGUUAGUUGUUGUCUUCAAUAUGUGCGCAGUUGGAAGUUUCUCUGAAUAUUUACUGACUGUCCUGCUAAGCCUUAAA